AUGGUGCCCAGACCCAGGAACAUCUUUUCAGUGGGUUCUACCCCUUCUUGUGGCUCCACGAGUGCCCCCCCCCCUGACUCCCCCGCAUUCGAGGAGGUCCCUGGCUCUUGGAGUGAGACUGAGGAGUAUGUCCUCGCCCUUGGUGGCUAUGAUCAGGAGGAUGGUUCGUCCCCCUCUCCCACGGGAUCGGCUCCACCGAUUCCUGCUGUAGCCCGAGAAGGGGGCCCAGAGGCCGCCCCAGCUAUAGGUGAUGAGAGCGGGCCCGCUCCUGCCCCACUUUCUAUUCUUCCCCUUGGGAACGAGCCCCACCGUACCAUUAAGUCUUAUGAUUUGGGCGAGAAGUUCACGGGGACCGACAAACAGGCCCACAGCCUUGAGGUAUUCGAGUUCAUCUCCCGUGUCAAGGCUCAUUUGAAACUCCUCAACAUCGCCCCGUCUCAUCAUUAUCAAUAUCUCCUCUUGAACACUCGCCUAGCCGCCUACAAUGCUUUGACUAACAAUGUUCGACUCCCCAUCAACGAUCCUCAAGCGUUCCACGUUGGUGUUUCCGUAUUGCAGGAACGCUUCGGUGUUAGCCGCCACGAUCUGUGGGCCCUGGCCCGCAAUCGCCGCUUAAACAUUGGCGAGACGACCGCCGAUCUGAUCGGUGACUUACAGAAGUACCUGUCAUACAGUCUUUCUGAAGUAUUGUCGUUGUCACGUCAGUGCUUGGACUGGGUAGUGGCGAUGUCUUUUUGGCAUGCCCUACCAUCUUCUGUUCCAGGCCUUGACAACAUGCGAACAACUUGGCUAACCCAAGUCCGUGCGGGCGCCCCCCUGGUCGAGACUGCUCUGAACCUUACCCGCUCCGUUCGUGUCGAAGGGCACGAAGGCGUUGCUCUUGUUCAGGGCCAUUUCUCCCGCCCUACUUAUCAGCAUAGCAGGGGCAAGGGCAAGGGCAAGGGGCAUCCUGUCCGUUCAGCACCCGAUACUAGAUCAGCCUCUCCUCGUCUCCCUAUCGUCAAGUCAAUUUCUGGUCCCCGCUGUUUCAAUUGUGGAGGGAAAGGGCACCUAUCCCGCGAUUGUCCAUCACCUCGGAAGGUAACACCGGGAAGUUGGUUCUGGCAACCGGAUUAUGCCACUGACAACCACCUUUUGUUACUCUGUAGGUUCGACCGUCUGCAGCUCAGUGAGCAUUUCGUCGCUCUGAUCGACACCGGCUCGACUGUGACCGUUCUAUCUCACAUUAUUUCGGAGAAAAUCUUUGGCAGAUGUCUGUCGGUUUCGACUGAGUCCAUUCACGUUCGCACUCUGACCGGCAAGCUUGCGCUCUCUAGAACAGUAGACGAGCACUACUUUCUGGGCGCACAAAUGAGGUUCUUGAUUUCUCCUUCUCAUCCCUUGUUGAGUCUCCAGUCAACAGAUGUUCACGUUAUGCUUGGGAUGGACUGGCUAUUCGCACUUGAUGCAUCGUUGUCGGUAUGUCCCGGAAAAUUCCCUCCCUGGACCAUCUCUCCACAAUCUAGUGCAUCAUCGUCUGGCCGAGAAGCCACUUUGUGGUGCCAGCCCGCUGAUGUCGUCAUUGUGGAACCUGACUUCACUCUACGUCGUCGAUCAAAUGCCCCCCAGUCAUUGCACUGUUGGGAAGUUGAGUGGAAAUGGUUAUCUGGUACGGAACCGAUCCUCCCCAUAGCCAAACCCCCGUGCUUCCCGGACAGUUUGGGCAGGCUCAGCGACUUACAACGACAACUAUAUAACGAUCAGUUGCAAUCAUGGGUCCGUAAUAACUUUUUGAUCCAUACUGACCGCUCUGAACUGAAGGGCAUCCUUACAUGUUUUCCCCAUGUUAGCAUGGACAAGCACACGAAAGUGCGUCCCGUCUUAAAUUAUGUUUGGUUAAACGAUCUCCUUGUAAGUUGCCCUCAUUCAAAAGGUCCACCGACCACCUGCCUUGGCGAGCUACGCUCGUGGCGUACAUGUGAUCCACAGGAUUGGUUCAUAAUCGAUGUGACCACAGCGUAUCUUAAGCUACGUGUGGCAGAAUCUCAACAAUACUGGCAAGGCAUCAUAUUCCCUGACUGGCCUGAACCGAACACUUUUAGGUUGUCGAGGGUCGGAUUCGGUCUUCACAUUGCAGGCAAAGCCCUGGACCGGGCUAUGACACACUGUUUGGAUGCCACCACGACUCACUUUCCGGUGAAAAAGUAUGUCGAUGACGUGGCUGUCCACCGGAGUGAUCUUGUUGUCGUCGAAAAGGCUUUGGCUCAGGACGAUCUAAGCACGAAACCCCCACAAACGCUGGCUGGCAGUAGUGUGCUAGGAGUUACCAUCACCCCGGUAGGCCGUUGGACUCGGAAAAAGCCCAUAGAUCUAACAACACUACCUACCACCCGCAAAGCCCUAGCCUCUUUGCUUGGUAAACUCACCGCACACUAUCCCGUUUGUGGCUGGUUACGCUUGACCUGUGCCCUGUUCACCCGAAUCCUUGCCUUGGCCGCCCCAGCUGCAACUCGCCAUUAUGACUAUUCAAUCCCGACCAACAUUAGUACCGCCUACUCCCACGUUCUACAGUACAUCCGUACCUAUGGUGAUCCAAUUGGUGGAGUAUGGCAGAUCACUGCCUCAGAUCCCUGGGUGCUCUUUACGGAUGCCAGCGCCAUCGGUUGCGCUGCCGUGUUAUGCGUGGGCGACGUGCUGUGUGAGGACCGUGCCUGGCUUCGAGACCGAGACUGUAAGCGUCAUAUCAACAUUCUCGAAGUCGAGGCUGUCCUACGAGGACUCGGGAUUGUAAUCGAUUAUAUGCAGGCAAUUUGCAUAGCCCGCUGUUCCUUGACGAUUCGUACUGACAAUAUGUCCGUGGUGGCAUGGCUCAGUCGAUCGACGAGUCGACAUUGGACGAAGAUUCACGGUCUCUUCCGGAAUGCCAUUGAGAGCCGUAUCCAACUCAUCCACGAUGUAUGCAAAAACUAUCAUAUUGUCUUCACGGUUGAACAUGUUUCUACUUCUGCAAACAUCGCGGAUGGGCCCUCUCGACUCCCGCAAACUCUCUCUCGCGAAUUGCUAGGACUCGUCAAGGAAUAUUCUAGCACCGAUUCUACCCCUUGUGUAGAUGUGAUUGCCAUCCAAGCUCCGAGUACGUGCUCCUUCGAGCAGGAAAUCAGCCUCCGUCAGUGGCUGCAGCAAUUUCCGAUCUCUGACGGGAAGGUCCAACUCCCGCCCGAUCGACUCGGGGAGUUUCUAGCCAAGGUUCAUGACCAUGAAGGUCAUGCCGCGCUCUUGGCUCAGCUACAGGAAUACAUUGAUGCUCCGGCUUUAGCCUCCGCCAUCAACCACUUCUCCUGUGACACCUGUGCCCGAGGGAAGUCUUUCCCAGGGGACCGUCAAUCCCUCUUCCCCGGCAGUUCCAUCCCCCGAGCCCCAUUCCCAUUCGUUCGCUUGCACAGUGACAUUGCAGGUCCUUAUCUCAGGUCAGUCGAUGGGCCGACUCGCUUCUAUCUCAUUUCCGCCAUCGACAACUACUCCAACUUUCUGAUGGUUCGACCCACUCAACAUUCUUCCACUUCCCAGGACGUUUGUACACUACUCACAUCCAUUGUCCACACCUUUCACGUCCUGCCCCUUAUGCUCCACACCGACAAUGGCACCCAAUACUCUAGUCUUGCCAUGGCCGAUUUGGUUCGAUCGUGGGACGCAAUCCAUUUGUCCACCCCACGUGGUUCUUCACCAUCUAAUGGACGCAUUGAACGAGUACACCGGUAUCUCAAUGAAUAUCUCCGUACCCAUCACACCGGCAAGGGCAUGUCCUACACUACUUUCUGCGAUCUUAUCCGGCAUGCGGUCUAUUCAUGGAAUGUUACUAAACGCCGAGGCGUCAGUCCCCACUCUAUGGUCUACACCUUCCCUGCUUCUAUGGGUAUGCAUGUACCUCGCCAGUGUCGUCGUGGAUUUUCCUACGUCGAGUCCUGUGUCGUCGAUCCUCCCCCGGAUAAAACGAUUCCUGUCGGGACCCGAGUAUUAGUACGUUGCCCUACUCAAGUCCCCAAACUCGACUUUGACUCGACUCGGCUG